AUACGAACUACCUUACAAAAUGGUGUCAGCAGAACAAUCCAUGGAUCUCCCCGUGAUUGACCUCGAUGUCUAUCUAAACAACCCUCUUGACUCAGAAGCCGUUCAAGAAGAGUGCAGAAAAGCAGCCAACGCCCUCAUCACAUACGGUGCUCUCGUCCUUCACGACAGCCGAGUCUCAGAGGAGGAUAACUCAACUUUCCUCGACAUUCUUGAAGAUUACUUUGCUCAACCCGAAGAGGCCCUCAGAAAAGAUGAGAAGCCUGAGCUGAGCUAUCAAAUUGGUGUCACAUUAGAGAACACAGAAAAGCCCAAGUGUGCUGUUGAUGAGCCAUGCCUCGAUGUUAUUCAGAGACUCGACCCUUCACAAAGACCGUUAGAUAUCUCAGCUCACUCACCGGAUCCCAAGUGCAGAUUCUUCUGGAGAAUGAGCGAGCAACCGCCUUUUGAGACCGAGUUCCCUGGAUUGAACGCCCCAAACGUGGUCCCUGAAGCCCCUCAUAUCAGAGACCGAUGGGAGCCAGCCAUGAACCAGUGGGGGACGUCUAUGAAGAGCGCUGUAUCCAAGUUGGCAGAGAUGACCGCCGUUGGUCUAGACCUACCAGCUCAGUUCUUCAGCGAUGCUGGAAAAUACGGACCUCACCUUCUUGCCCCAACAGCCUCAGACCUGGUCAAGUACGGCGAGAAGAACACCAUCUUGGCCGGCUUCCACACAGACCUCAACUUCCUCACCAUCCAUGGUCGCUCCCGCUACCCUGGUCUUCACAUCUGGGCACGCAACACCGGAAACCGUAUUGCCGUCAAGAUCCCAUCAGGAAACUACCUCCUUGUCCAAGCGGGCAAGCAGAUUGAGCACAUCACUGGUGGACUCAUCAAAGCUGGCUUCCACGAGGUUAUUGUGAAUGAGAAGACCAUUGAGACCAUUGAGAAGAGGAAGUGUGACUUCCCUGACAGACCUCUGAUCAGAAUUUCGAGUACUCUGUUCUGGCAUCUUGGCAGUGAUGUCGAUCUCAACCCCGUUCCCAAGCUCGUAGCAAGGGCAAAGGAAGUGCGAGAGCGACAGAAGGAGCUUGGAAGAGAUGAGGGACGAGAGGUUGAGUAUCCUCCCAUGAAAGUUGGACACCAGGUGCAGGAGGAACUGAAGCACAUUGCUUUGAUGGCUUAGAGCGAAACUACUUAGCGAAGAGCGAUGAUUUAUGACUUGAAGAUCUCAAAGACGACUUGUUAUGAGGACUGGAUACAGGCUGGGGGAUGAGGCUCAUUUGUG